AUGUCUCAGAAACAGUUCAAAUCAGAUGGUAAUAUUGUGGGUCCUUACUUGCUUGGGCUCGCUAGAAGUAAUCCGGGUCUCACGGUGAUCAAGCACGAUCGUGUUGUGUACCGUACAAAGUCCGCUGGCAAUGAUUCAAAGGUGGCACUUGUCUCCGGUGGUGGUAGUGGUCAUGAACCCACGCAUGCUGGGUUUGUCGGCGAUGGUGCGCUAGAUGCAAUUGCUGCUGGUGCGAUCUUUGCCUCUCCCUCGACAAAACAGAUUUACUCGGCCAUUAAGGCUGUAGAAUCCGCUAAAGGUGUUUUGAUCAUUGUGAAAAAUUACACCGGUGAUGUUAUCCAUUUUGGUUUGGCUGCAGAGAGAGCUAAGCUUGCAGGGAUGAAGGUCGAGAUGGUGGCGGUUGGCGAUGAUGUUUCGGUCGGUAAGAAGAAGGGUUCGUUGGUUGGUCGUAGAGGUUUGGGUGCUACUUGCUUGGUUCACAAGAUUGCAGGUGCAGCUGCAACUUUUGGUUUGGAACUGCACGAUGUUGCUGAAGUGGCACAAUCGGUUGUAGACAACAGUGUAACCAUCAACGCUUCUCUUGAUCAUUGUACUGUCCCAGGCCAUAAACCUGAAAAUCUUCUCGGUAAGGAUGAAUAUGAGAUUGGUAUGGGUAUCCAUAACGAAUCUGGUACCCAGAAAUCUUCACCUUUGCCCUCUAUUCCAGAAUUAGUUUCCAAGUUACUACCUUUGGUCUUGGGUGAAGACGAAGAUCGUUCAUAUGUUAAGUUUGAUCCAAAGGAUGAAGUUGUUCUAAUGAUCAACAACAUGGGUGGAUUGUCUAACUUGGAACUUGGUUAUGCCGCCGAAAUCGUCUCUGAGCAAUUGAUUGAGAAAUAUCACAUUGUUCCAAAGAGAACCAUUACCGGUACUUUCAUUACCGCAUUGAACGGUCCUGGUUUUGGUAUCACUUUGCUCAACGCCUCGAAGGCAGGUAAGGAUAUCAUUAAGUACUUUGACUAUCCUACAACCGCAAGUGGCUGGAAUCAAAUGUACCACAAAGCAGAAGAUUGGAAACCUCUUGCCGACGGGAAGGUUCCUUCUGCCCCACCUUUGAAACAAGUCAGGAACGAAAAGAAGUCUGGUGUAAAGGCUGACUAUGAUACUUUUGCAAAAAUCUUGCUCGCCGGUAUUGCCAAGAUUAAUGAAGUCGAACCUAAAGUCACUUUCUAUGAUACGAUCGCAGGUGAUGGUGACUGUGGUACCACUUUGGUCACAGGAGGUAAGGCCUUGACCGAAGCCAUCAAGGACCGCUCUUUGCGUUUGGACGAUGCUGCUCUUGGUAUUGAAGAUAUUGCUUACAUCGUCGAGGAUUCCAUGGGUGGUACUUCUGGUGGUUUGUACUCUAUUUACCUUUCAGCAUUGGCUAAAGGUGUCAGAGAUUCUGGCGAUAGCAAGCUUACCGCUGAGACAUUCAAGAAUGCUUCGCAAUUUGCAUUGGAUGCCUUGUAUAAGUACACCAGAGCAAGACCUGGUUACAGAACCUUGAUUGACGCUCUACAGCCCUUUGUUGAAACUUUGAAUGCUGGUAAGGGUCCAAGAGCUGCAGCAAAAGCCGCUCAUGAAGGCGCUGAAAAGACUCGUAAGAUGGAGGCUCUUGUUGGUCGGGCUUCUUAUGUGGCAAAAGAGGAGCUCAAAAGACUUGAUGAUGAGGGUGGAUUGCCUGAUCCAGGUGCUGUUGGUCUUGCUGCUUUGCUUGAUGCUUUAGUCAGUGAAGCAGGUUUCUAA